GGUGCCUGCAGAGCGCGGAGAGGCGGCUGCACAGAUAGAGGCUGCACGGGCAGAGGCUGCAGGGCGGACGCGCGGCCGGGCGCAGCCAUGGUGAAGAUCAGCUUCCAGCCCGCCGUGGCCGGCAUCAAGGGCGACAAGGCCGACAAGGCUUCGGCCUCGGCGUCGGCCGCGGCUCGGGCCCCGGCCGCUGAAAUCCUGCUGACGCCGGCUCGGGAGGAACGCCCCCCCCACCACCGCUACAAGAAGGGGGGCUCUGUGGGCGGCGUGUGCUACCUGUCGAUGGGCAUGGUCGUCUUGCUCAUGGGCCUCGUGUUCGCCUCCGUCUACAUCUACAGAUACUUCUUCCUCGCACAGCUGGCCCGGGACAACUUCUUCCACUGUGGCGUUCUCUACGAGGACUCCCUGUCCUCCCAGGUCCGCACUCGGAUGGAGCUGGAGGAGGACGUGAAGAUCUACCUCGAAGAGAACUAUGAACGCAUCAAUGUGCCCGUGCCCCAGUUCGGCGGCGGGGACCCUGCAGACAUCAUUCAUGACUUCCAGCGGGGGCUCACCGCCUACCAUGACAUCUCCCUGGACAAGUGCUAUGUUAUCGAGCUCAACACCACCAUCGUGCUGCCCCCUCGCAACUUCUGGGAGCUCCUCAUGAAUGUGAAGAGAGGGACCUACCUCCCGCAGACGUACAUCAUCCAGGAGGAGAUGGUGGUCACGGAGCACGUCAGCGACAAGGAGGCCCUGGGCUCCUUCAUCUACCACCUGUGCAGCGGGAAGGACACCUACCGGCUGCGGCGCCGGGCUACCCGGAGGCGGAUCAACAAGCGAGGGGCCAAGAACUGCAAUGCCAUCCGCCACUUCGAGAACACCUUCGUGGUGGAGACCCUCAUCUGCGGGGUGGUGUGAGGGCCUCCCCUUCCAGGCCCCGCCCUUGCCCUCUUCCUUCUUUCCCUUCUGGCCACUCCGGCCCUCCUCCUUCCCCUCGCUUAGCUUGUACUUUGGACCUUUCCAUAGAUGUGACGUGUCUCCUGGUUCCUUUCCAGCCCUGCCCGCCUCCCUGUACCAGAGCCGUGACCUCUUGAGGCCCCACCUCUUCCGAGCUCCCAGGUCUGGGGGACAGGAGGGCGCCACAGGGUGGUUUCUGGGACCACCAUCCUGAAGUCAGGUCCGCUGGGGCCAGCCCACAGCUGCACUGGCAGCCCAGGGGGAGGGCUAGACGGAGGGACCGGGCAUGCGGGGGUCCUGGGCAAGGGGACAGGGUGGGGUGUGGUAUGGGGUUCAGAGAUAUCUGCACAGUUGGGAAAGUCCCAAAAGGCUUGUUCCUUGGACAGCACAUUUCCUCCUGCGUCCAGAUUCCCAGACCUGGGCUGAGGGUAGGGUCAUGUGCCCAGGGAUGGACCCCCCUCCCCCCCCCCCCCGAGCACAAGGGAAGAUGGUGUCCUGGGGCUCUCCCCCCAGGACUCCUGUCAGUGCCUUCAGCCCACCAAUGGGAGCCUGGAGCGAGGGGUGGGGAUGAGUCCGUCAAGCACAAUCGUUCUCCGAGUGGAACCAAAGAAGGGAGGAGCCAGGGCCCCCCCGCCCUGGCCCCCCAGGAGCACAAGUGAGGUCCUGCAGCCAUGGCCACAGGAAGGGGACAGAGCGAGGUGGGCGGCCUUGCGGGGCUGAGCGCUGAGCAGAGACGAGGGGGUGGGCUCGUUGCUUUCUCCAAGCUUGGAGCUGUUUGAGAAGAUAAUGUGGGGGGAAGGGAGAGCCACCUGGUACUUGUGCACCCUGCCUCCCCCUCGUUCUGAAAUUCCGUCCCCCGGCUUUGGAGGAAUGCAGCCUUUUUUCCCUUUUCCUUCUCACUUUUGCAUGUUUUUACUGAUCAUUCAAUAUGCUAACCGUUCUCAGCCCUGAGCCCUGAAAAGGAGGCUUUGACGCCUCCAGCCAGACUUAGGUGCUCUCUGGAGAUGAAAGUCUUAAAUGCUUUGUAUAUUUUCUCAAUUAGAUCCCUUUUCAGAAGUGUCUGUAGAACAAUAAAAAUGUUUGACUUCUGA